AGCUUACACAAGCCAUAAAGGAAAGCAAAAACUAAACCAUAUAGAUCUCUCAUCCAUGGCAAUUCCAAAAGCUCUCUACUCUUUAGCCAUCCUUGUAAUUCUCUUUGCCGUUUCGAGUAGCCAACAGGUCUGCAAUCCAGAAUGCAAGGCUAAAGAACCUUUCCACUGCAACGAUACUCUUACAUUCAACCGAAAUGGAUUCCCAAAGAACUUCAUUUUUGGUGCGGCUACUUCUGCAUACCAGAUUGAAGGUGCAGCACAUAGAGCACUUAAUGGAUGGGACUAUUACACACAUAGAUAUCCAGAAAAAGUUCCAGAUAACAGUUCAGGAGACCUUGCUUGUGAUUCGUAUAAUCUUUAUAAGGAGGACGUCGCGCUACUAAAAAGAAUGAAGGUUCAAGCAUACCGAUUCUCAAUAGCAUGGUCAAGGGUCUUACCAAAGGGAACUGGAAAAGUGGACGAGAAUGGUAUAGCAUACUACAACAAUCUCAUCAACGAGUUAAAAGCAAAUGGCAUAGAACCAUAUGUGACUAUAUUUCAUUGGGAUGUUCCCCAAACUUUGGAAGACGAAUACAAAGGGUUCUUAAGCCCACGUAUAGUGGACGAUUUCAGAAACUACGCGGAGCUUCUAUUCCAAAGAUUCGGUGACAGAGUCAAAUUUUGGAUCACUUUGAACCAACCUUUCUCUCUUUCAACCAAAGGUUAUGGGGAUGGAUCGUAUCCACCGGGACGGUGCACCGGCUGUGAAUUUGGAGGAAAUUCCGGAACCGAACCUUAUAAAGUUGCACAUCAUCAACUUCUAGCUCAUGCAGAAACUGUAGCUUUAUACCGAGCAAAAUAUCAGAAAUUUCAAGGUGGUAAAAUAGGAACGACUUUGAUCGGAAGAUGGUUCACCCCACUAAACGCAACUAGCGAUCUUGACAAGGCUGCUUCGAGACGGGCAUUCGCUUUCAUCGUCGGAUGGUUCUUGGAUCCGUUGGUGUACGGAGACUAUCCAGAGAUAAUGAAAGAGAUGGUUGGAGAUAGACUGCCAAGAUUCACACCUGCACAAUCGGAUUUAGUUAGAGGAUCACUUGAUUUCCUAGGGUUGAACUAUUACGUUACACAAUAUGCGACCGACGCACCUCUUCCGAAACUGCCUAGUGCCAUAACCGAUCCAGGAGUUACUCUUGGAUAUUAUCGCAAUGGAAUUCCUAUUGGCGUUCAAGCUCCUAGCUUCGUGUACUAUCCUCCAGGAUUCCGUAUGAUUCUAAAUCACAUCAGAAAAAACUACGGAAACCCACUUAUUUACAUCACCGAAAAUGGAGUUGCUGAUUUUGGAAACUUAACGCUUCCGGAUGCUCUUGCCGACAACGGACGAAUUCAAAAUCAUUGCAGCCAUCUUUCGUGUCUCAAAUGCGCAAUCGACGAGGGAUCCAACGUGAAAGGAUAUUUUGCAUGGUCAUUGAUGGACAAUUACGAAUUCGGAAAUGGUUACACUCUCCGGUUUGAUUAUCGCAAUGGAAUUCCUAUUGGCGUUCAAGCUCCUAGCUUCGUGUACUAUCCUCCAGGAUUCCGUAUGAUUCUAAAUCACAUCAGAAAAAACUACGGAAACCCACUUAUUUACAUCACCGAAAAUGGAGUUGCUGAUUUGGAAACUUUAACGCUUCCGGAUGCUCUUGCCGACAACGGACGAAUUCAAAAUCAUUGCAGCCAUCUUUCGUGUCUCAAAUGCGCAAUCGAAGGUAAGACCUUGUUGGGAAGAAAG